AUGCUUGGCACCUUGUGGAGGCUCCGCUUCGUGCUGACGGCCUUUCUCACUAUCCUCUUUUCUCUGGUCUUCUCGGCUGUGGGAGAGCACCCCAUUUUGCAGCGGCUGCGGCGGAAAGGGCCCUUGCAUUCGCUCCUGGUGCACCCCAAGCUACGGCGAGUGCAGCGCUUGGUCUAUGCAAAUGAAGUGACCUUGUUGCAACAGCUGCAGCAAGAGAUCGAGUACCACUACAAGGCGGUGGUGCAAGUGGGCUUCACGGCGAUGUUCAGUGCGUCGCAACCCACGAUCUUGAGCUUUCCCUUGGAGCGCCCGGUCUUCCUGCGGGAGUACUCCUCCAACAUGUAUGGGACCUUAGCUUAUUUCCUCUCAAAGAUGCUAGUAGAGGUGCCACUGGGAGCCGGGCAAGCUCUGCUGGCCUUGAGCAUCUCUCACCAUUUCAUGAGGUUUCAGGGCGAGUUCUGCGAGAUGUGGGCGACGGUCUGCCUGCUGAACGCCUGUGCCGUCUCCUUCUCUCUCUUGAUCGGCUGCCUGGUGCGCUAUCCUCGCGAGAGUGGUGCCAUUGGCCCGUUGGUCUUCGUGCCGCAGCUCUUAAUGUCAGGGACCUUCAUCCCGGUCCAGGCAAUCCCGCAGUUCCUGCGGUGGAUGCAGUACGUGAGCUUCCUUCAGUAUGCUGUGAAGCUCCUGGCCAUCGUCGAGUUCCGAAGGACCGACCCGAUGCUUCAGAGGCUCAUCUUCCGGACCAUGGAGGUGGACCCGGAGUUGACGAGGGUCUAUGUGACGACCUUGCUUUCGAUGUGUUUGGCCUUCGCGCUCUUGGCGAUCAAGCUCUUGCAUGGGAAGGGAGACCCCAUGGUGGAGAGAAGCGCCGAUGUGAGAGGAGGUGUCCACGUCUGUUCCGUGCGGAGAAAAGAGGCGGUAGACUUGGACAAAGCCUCACCGGUGGAAGGUUUGUUGGACUCGGUGGCCAAAUGGGCGAAGGACACGUGGUAUUUGGGGCCAACCAGAGCUCGCCCGAGCCCCUUCAAGGCGCCGCUGUUGUCGCGAGAGCGCGUGGGCAGCGAUGACCACAGCACCCUCGCACGCGCCUCUCUGGUGCUCGGCACGACCGACCAGCGGAUUCGGGCCCGCUCCGAGGUUGGCCCUGAGAGAAAGACAUCGGUCUCAGAGGAGACCUCAGCCGGCUUCGGCUCUUCCUCAGUGCCCAUUACCCGAUGCCCUGGGCCCUCCGGGAGAUGCUAUUCGGUGGCGGUCCACCAAAGCAUCGGAGACAGGAAGACGCAGGAAGACCGCUACACCUUAGUGCCCCGCCUAGAUCCCAGUCUGGAUGUAGCGAACUCCUUCUUCGGUGUCUUCGAUGGCACCGUGGGCGACUUUGCUUCCCACACUGUCAAGGAUUUGGUCGUCCCGAAGCUCUUGGAGUCACCCCAUUGGAAGGCUUUUCGCCAGAGUUACCCCGCCAAGCCAGCGGAAGAGGAGCGCCUCCUAAGCGAGGCCUUCCACGACAUGUACAGAAUGGCAGAUGCUGCCUUAUUGACACAGUGCGCCAGAUAUACGCAGCACUACGCGACGUGUACCUCGGUCACGGUGCUCAUCGUGGGGGACUUGCUGGUCGUCGGGCAUCUGGGCGAUAGCCGGGUGAUCCUGGUCAAGGAGGAGGAGGCUGGCUCUGGAAUCCUGGUCGGUGAACAGCUAACCCUGGACCACAAGCCAGACCUUGACUGUGAGCGGCAGCGCAUUGAGCAAUGCGGCGGUAUGGUGGAGCGCUUGCAGAACCAUGGGAACAAACCCUUCAUCCGCGGGGGUGACUUCAUAAUGCGCAAGGCGUUGGGCGAACAGCCCAUGCAGCUGCAAUACUCUCGAGCCUUCGGGGCAAAGGACUUGAAGAUCUUCGGCCUGAGUAGUGUUCCGGACGUCAAGAUCAUCCGGAUGGACUCCGGUGCGGUGAAGAAUGUGCGCUUCUUGGUCUUGGCCUCUGAUGGCCUGUGGGACGUCAUGAGCGCUCAAGAGGCUGCUCGACAGCUGCAGGAGGCGAUCGCCCAUCGGCAGCACCCGGCGGAGUGCUUGGUCCAGGCAGCGCUCAACACCCAGGCUCCGGUUUCUGAACCGCCAUUUGAUGGAAGUGGUUCUUCCUGUGCCCGCAAGCGUCGUGCCACCUGA